GUUGUGAGUUUGGGCUCAAAAGCAUAGCAUGAAUGCAAUGAUUACUUAAAACACAUUACGAUUGUGAUUGUGAUUCACAUAUGAUUUGCACAUUCAUUGCAAUCGUAUGAAGAAAAUGCCAAAAAGGAGACGAUUGGAUGGUCUGUCGCACAACUGGUCUCAGUUCGGCAAUGAAAGUGAUGGCGAUUUUGGUGAUCAUCACCACAAACACGGCGAUGAAGAGGUGAACGACGGACCGACACCACAGCCUAACCACUCGCUCGACAACAAUGACAACAAUGACAGCGUUUGCGACAAUGAGUUGUCGGUCUUAGCCGACUGUCCCCUCGCGAGCACCACUGCCACGAAGACCGUCACUCACGAGCUGAACGGCCAGUCGUUGUCACCGAAUUUGGACGAAAAUCAGUUGAUUUCGAGGCGAAAGUCGAAUCGCAUAUCGAAACCAAUCCAACGAUCGCUGGAG